UCCCGGCGACGUCACCGCUCGGAGGCGCCGGUGGCUGGGGGCUCGUCGCGGGGAGGAUGGCGGCGGAGGGCGGCCGGGUGCAGAUCUCCUUCCCCCAGCACGCGGCAGCGCUCCUGGACUCCCUCAACCGCCUGCGGUUGGAGGGGAAGUUCUGCGACGUGGCCGUCCACGUGGGCGGCCGGAUCUUCCCGGCCCACAAGAGCGUCUUGGCGGCCGCGUCCCCCUUUUUCCACGACAAGCUGCUUCUGCAGGAUGGGGGGCGCCUGCUGCUGCCCCCCGCCAUCGACCCCGACGCCUUCGAGGGGCUCCUGCACCUCAUCUACUCGGGGCGCCUGACGUUGCUGUUGGAGGCCCUGCCCGGUCAUCUCUUGGUGGCCAGCGGUCUCCAGAUGUGGCACGUGGUGGAUCAGUGCUCGGAGAUCCUGAGAGAAUUGGAGGGCGGGGCGUGCCGGUGGGCUGGGCGGGGCGGCGAGGGGACAUCAUCGUCAUCAUCAAGCGGCCGCGGAGGUGAGGCUUCGUCGUGGAGCACUCGUGGUGGCGAUGGGUCUUCAUCAUCAUCCUGGGCCCCCCGUGGUGGAGAUGGGUCCUUGUGUACCGGCCGUGGUGGCGAUGGAGCGUCGUCGUGGCCCGCCCGUGGUGAUGGCUCUUCGUGUACCACCCAUGGCGGAGAUGGAGGGUCAUCGUGGACCACCCGUGGUGGAGACGGGUCAUCGUGUCCCACCCGCGGUGGUGAUGGAGCGUCAUCAUCCUCGUGGAGCACACGUGGCGACAACCCAUGUCCCACCCGCGGUGGUGAUGGAACAGCCUCGUGGUCUGCCCGCGGUGGGGAUGGGUCUUCAUCAUCGUCGUCAUCAUGGCCCGUGCGCGGUGGCGAUGGCUCUUCAUGGGCCACCCGCGGCGGUGAGGCGACAACGCCGUCUUUCACCAGGGACGGCGGUGAGGAGGUCCUCAAAAUCCGUGUGGCCACCGACGUGGCGCCGGCGGCGGCGACAUCCCUCAGCUCCCUCCUGAAGGACGCCGGCGAGGAGGUCCUCAAGAUCUGCGUGGAGGAGGAGGAGGAGGAAGAAGAAGAGGAGGAGGAAGAGGGCGGCCACCGCCGCCGCCACCGCCCCACCGACGCCCUCCAGAUCGUGCUGGAGGAGGAGGAGGAGGAAGAUGGGGCGCCCGGAGACGCCCACGAGCCCCCCAAGAUCUUCUACAUCAAGCAGGAGGCGGGCGACGCCGCCGCGGUUGAGGGCCUCCUGCCCGCGGCCGAGCUGGCGAGCGGCUUCGCGCCGGCGGAGGUGAGCUACGUCAUCCCGGCGGGCGGCGGCGGCGGGACGAUGGUGGCAGCGGGUGGAGCGGCCGUCUUCCCGCAGCCGUCUUGGAAACCGGUGGACCUUCACGGGAACGAGAUCCUGGGCCGGGGCCAAGCUCUUCACGCCCCGGUGAAGCUGGGGGCGGCUCCCGACGGCAAACGGUUCGGCUGCCUGUGCGGCAAGCGGUUCGCCGUCAAGCCGAAGCGGGACCGGCACAUCAUGCUGACCUUCAGCCUGCGGCCCUUCGCCUGCGCCGCCUGCCACAAGCGGUUCAAGCUGAAGCACCAUCUGACGGAGCACAUGAAGACCCACGACGGGGCCGGGCGGGCCUGCGAGCGCUGCGGCCGCCGCUUCCGCCUGCGCAGCGGUUUGGCCAAGCACCGGCCGCUCUGUCAGGGGGCGCGUUGGGGAGGGGGGUGCUGGGCCUGCGAGUGA